CACCUUAUCAAAGUAACCAAAAACAAAGACUAGCCAAGUAAUGGCAGUUGGUGAGACUCAUACUUACCGAAACAUGGGAUAAAGAGGAGCAAAUUCGUCGUGUAUUGCACGUGUGGUGGUGAGGAGGGCCUAUUUCCCUUAAAAACUUGUAGAUUUUUUCUGAUGGGCACUGAGAGGCCCAGAAUGAUGAGGAUGACCAUGGUGGACCAUUGUUAUUUGGAUGACUUGAGGGUUGUAAUCUGUGUCCGUGAAAACAAUGAUGGUAGAUAUUAUAGUUAGGAUGCGGGAAAUAGAAGGCGUGGACAUGUACAUUAGAGGCCGUGAGUCAGGCAGAGCAAGUAAAGGAGUUGAGUGGGGUAAAUCACAGCAAAUGCUACAGAAACAUGAGCACGUGCGCCAUUUAAGUAAAAGCUAACAUUGCUGACUCAAUGUUUCUUAGUUGGCCAACUCCUGAUUAGAGAAUUCAACCACCAAGUUUUAUGAUUUUACUACUUCAGCAAGAUGAGAUAAACCCUUUACUUUCAAGUGUCAAUGUGGUUUGGAAAUUAACCACCUAACAUGCAUACUUGAAGAAUAGACACAACAGUGCAGAACCUGAAUGUGGUACUGCUAUAAAACACUGACUCAAUUCUAUAUUUUCAGCAAUAUAAGGUAGAGAGAACAAAGAUGCCAAGGCUAGUUUUUGCUGCAUGUAUCUUCUCACUUGCAUCAAUUGCUUUGGCAGCUCUGCCUGUGACAUAUAUCUUUGGUGACUCCUUGACAGAUGUUGGAAACAAUAAUUUUCUACAAUAUUCUUUAGCCAAAUCUAACUAUCCCUGGUAUGGGAUUGACUACAGUGGUGGCCAGGCUACUGGAAGAUUCACCAAUGGAAGGACUAUUGGUGAUUUCAUAUCUGCAAAGCUUGGAAUCACAUCACCACCAGCUUAUCUGUCAGCGACUCAGAACGUUGAUACCUUACUCAAAGGUGUAAACUAUGCAUCUGGUGGGGCAGGAAUUCUCAAUGAUACUGGACUUUACUUUAUUGAGAGAUUAUCUUUUGACGAUCAAAUAAACAAUUUCAAGAAAACCAAAGAAGUAAUUUCGGCAAACAUAGGAGAGGCAGCUGCCAACAAGCAUUGCAAUGAAGCCACGUAUUUCAUUGGGAUUGGCAGCAAUGACUAUGUCAACAAUUUCUUGCAGCCGUUCUUGGCAGAUGGCCAGCAAUACACUCAUGAUGAGUUCAUAGAGCUCUUAAUAUCAACCUUAGAUCAACAACUUCAGAGUCUUUAUCAGCUGGGAGCACGAAAAAUCGUCUUCCAUGGACUUGGUCCACUCGGUUGCAUUCCAUCACAGAGGGUUAAAUCCAAACGAGGACAAUGUCUAAAGCGAGUCAAUGAAUGGAUCCUACAAUUCAACUCCAAUGUACAGAAGCUAAUCAACACACUAAACCAUCGUCUUCCAAAUGCAAAAUUCAUAUUUGCAGACACUUACCCGUUAGUUCUUGACUUGAUCAACAAUCCAUCUACUUAUGGUUUUAAGGUUUCAAAUACAUCUUGUUGCAAUGUAGACACAAGUAUUGGAGGUUUAUGCUUGCCAAACUCAAAGGUGUGCAGAAACCGCCAUGAAUUUGUAUUUUGGGAUGCUUUCCAUCCAUCAGAUGCAGCAAAUGCUGUUCUUGCAGAAAAGUUUUUCUCUCUUUUCUCAUCAGCUCCUUCUCCUGCAUCAGCACCAACACCUUCUCCCUAAAUUUUUCUGAAUCCAUUGAACUGUAAAACCAUGCAAAUCAGCCUGUGUUUGACUAUAUGUGUGCAAUCUAUUUCAUCUGUACAUGGUAAUUAACACUUCCCAAUUUUAAUGUGUGACAAUAUCUGAUACAAUGGUGUUAAUAAUUCAAACACAACAUCAGAUUUGUCUUUUUA